UUCUUCUUAGUCUUCUCCUGGUGAAGGUUCUAAGGUCUUCUUGUAGCUUUCUCAUUGGUUUUUGAGAAAAAUUUGAAGAAAUGGGAAGGGGAAGGGUUCAGCUACGGCGGAUCGAGAACAAGAUAAGGAGACAAGUGACCUUUUCAAAGCGAAGAACAGGUUUGGUGAAGAAAGCUCAAGAGAUCUCAGUGUUAUGUGAUGCUGAUGUUGCUUUGAUUGUCUUUACUCCAAAAGGCAAGCUCUUUGAGUACUCUGCUGGCUCCAGCAUGGAGAGAAUUCUUGUUCGAUAUGAGAGGUGUUCAUACGCCGGUCAAGAUAUUCCUACACCAAAUUUGGAUACACAGGGUGAGUGUUCAACCGAAUGUUCGAAGCUCUUGAGGAUGAUUGAUGCUAUGCAAACAAGCUUAAGGCACUUAAAAGGAGAAGAGGUAGAUGCUCUAAGUAUCAGAGAGCUUCAGGGUCUGGAGAUGCAACUUGAUACUUCCCUCAGGAGAACUCGCUCUAGAAAGAACCAGCUCAUGGUAGAAUCGUUAGCACAGCUCCAGAAAAAGGAAAAGGAACUUAAAGAACUGAAGAAACAGCUAAUAAAGAAGGUUGAUCAAAGUGAAGACAUUGAGCCGCAAAACCUCAGCCAAGGGUUAGCCUCAACAUCACCAUGUGAGACACCGCACCUGUUGCCAGAACCUAUGUCUCCCCACCCUCCCUUGUCUAUCGGGGACACAUCUCAAAGGAAUGAAGUUGGAGAAGAAGAUGCCGGAAUCGUAGUUCGCUCGGGGAAUACAACGUUGCCGCACUGGAUGCCUCGGCUCACUGAGAGUAGACGUUGAAGACCACCUUGGUUUGUUAUUUUUUUUUUUUGCCAAAAAUAUUGGUGUCUUAUUUUCACUACU